AUGAGUUCCAUCGAGGCGACCAUUAUUUGCAUCGACAACAGUGACUACAACAGGAAUGAGGACAUCGUGCCGAACAGGUUUCUCUCGCAGAUCGACUGCAUCAACGUGCUGUGCUGCAACAAAACGAGCAUGCACUACAAAAACAACAUCGGAAUCGUUAUGAUGGCAGGAGAUAAAACGAAAGUAAAGGUAUCCCUAACGAAUGACAUAGGACAGUUACUCUCCUGUAUCCACGACAUAAAGCUAGACGGAACAUGUGACAUCGUGAGAAGUCUGCUUAUCGCACAGCUAGCCCUGAAGCACAGAGUGGAUAAGAAUCUGGGCCAAAAAAUUAUGCUUUUC